AUGGAGCGUCUCGAGCGUGCGGGUGACGAGUCUUUGGAAGACGUCUUCCUCCAAGAUAAACUGGGCUCGACCAUCGCAGAGCAUGCGGCACAAUGCCAGUCUCUUUUCCACAAGUACAUGGCCAUGCCGGAAAUGGCGCCAGACCCGACUAUCAUGGACGACCAGCUAGCACGCUUUUCUCUGUGGGCAUCAAACAUGGACGUUUACGGGCCGCUCAAUGUCUCGCUGGACUACAGACUCCGAUUCAGUCCCACAGCUACGGACAUUAUACAUCAGCUCUUGGAUAUCAUUUGCGAUACUUUGCUGUCUUUGAAGCCAAUCGACGACCGACCACCACCAAUUUCGAGCAGGAAGAGACAACGCAUUUCAGCACAUGGCAAUUCAGAGGUGCCGAAGAGAGCUGGCGACGCAAGCGGUUCAGAGAGCGAUGUCGAUCCAAAGGAAGGGAACAUUUUGAAGAUUACCCAGACAAUCGGCGGAACAGUGACGCGGCUCUUCCGUUUGUCCAACGCUGUUCGAAAGUCCGCCAAAGCCAACCGGGCUCGUAAGAUCGAAAGGUACAUAGACGACCAAGAGGCAAACAAGGCCGUAGACGAGUUGCGUCUCUACACCAAAUGCUAUAUUGAGUUCCGAUUCCCCGAAGUGCCGCAGGCGCUCCGCUCGGCAUUGGUCGAAGCCAACGCGCUGCGACUUCGACGGCUGUACUAUCAGCGCUCCCAUCGAAGGCGCAUUGAUAUGAGUAUUCAGAGCCCGGGAACGGCUCCAACCGUUGUCGAACACCUUAACAUGACUGAGCGUGCGCCGGCUGUACGGUUUGCGCCUGUCGCGUUGCCAAAGCCUGCGUUGACCAACAAAAUGCCGGCCCCUUUGCCAGCGCCAGCAACGAAUGCGACAACAGCUCGACAAACUAACGUUGCGGCCUUGUACGCCAAGUCCACAACUGAGGUUCCCCGGGCUCACUCUGUUCUUGUGAACAGCAAGUUGUCGUUCCCUCCCCUACCGCCGACGCAGCAGUGUCCAUACUGCGGCGUCAUUGCCGAGUUCACAAACACUGCAAAGUCAUUGCUGUGGCAGUAA